UUUUAAAAUAAUUGCUAAAAAUCACUGUAAAUGAGAAUAUAACCUAGAAAUCAAGGCGGCGAAAUUGUGGCAGGUUUAUUGACAAAAAGUGAGUUACAAAAACAAAAAAAAAACAGUUGUAAAGCUGUACGCACAAACAUUUGUGUUUAAAAAUACAUAAAGCAAAUACUUGUAAAAGAGCAUUGCGUGCAGUAUGAAGUGUCCUGCGGUGAAGGAGUGGAUCUCCAUUCUUGAAAUCAUAAUUGCAGUGCUGUGCCUGCUUGCCAUUUUGUUGCUGUCAUGCGUGAUCACCUUCCCGGACGAUAUGCAUAUGUUCUUGUAUCAGUGCUCACUGGCCACAACAAUGGUGCUGUGCUUGAUCUUUGGCUUCAGCACCUGGUUCUACAGUUCUAACUAUCCGAAAACGCGUUUUCAUGUGCGCAUAUUUAUUGUUAUUGUGCUAUGGACGAUGUUUGUUUUUGGACUUGUCACCGCAAUCCUAUUUGAUAUGCAAUUCUUCGGGGAGUAUGUGUACGAGCAUUUCGAACGCGAUAUUUUCGAUAAAUCGGAGUAUUUGCUCUUGUAUAUUGCUAUGCUGUUGGGCAUCGUGGCGCUGUUUUUACUCUUUGUUGUCAAUAUAAUAUUAACUGUAGGCGUUUGUCGAAGAGCUAGAAAGAAUCGCAAAUAAAAUGAG